AUGGCGACCCAGAUCAGCAAGAAGAAGAAGUUCGUCAGCGACGGUGUGUUCUACGCCGAGCUCAACGAGAUGCUGACGCGGGAGCUGGCGGAGGACGGCUACUCCGGCGUGGAGGUGCGCGUCACGCCGAUGCGCACGGAGAUCAUCAUCCGCGCCACGCGCACGCAGAAUGUGCUUGGCGAGAAGGGGCGCAGGAUCAGGGAGCUCACCUCCGUCGUCCAGAAGAGGUUCAACUUCCCCGAGAACGGCGUCGAGCUCUACGCCGAGAAGGUCGUCAACCGCGGCCUCUGCGCCAUCGCGCAGGCUGAGUCCCUCCGCUACAAGCUCCUCGGAGGCCUUGCCGUCCGGAGGGCUUGCUAUGGUGUUCUUCGCUUUGUUAUGGAGAGUGGUGCCAAGGGUUGUGAGGUUAUUGUGAGUGGAAAGCUCAGGGCCCAAAGAGCCAAGUCCAUGAAAUUCAAGGAUGGCUACAUGAUCUCAUCUGGUCAGCCAGUUAACGAGUACAUUGACUCAGCUGUGAGACACGUCCUUCUCAGACAGGGUGUUCUGGGUAUCAAGGUGAAGAUCAUGCUCGACUGGGACCCGAAGGGCAAGGUUGGCCCUAUCACCCCUCUUCCGGACCUGGUGACCAUCCACACCCCUAAGGAUGAGGAUGAGCUGCGCCCUCCGGUCUUGGCACCUGAGGUCUAA